UGAAUGUCGGAAGUGGUGAUCCCCCCCCAGAUGGAGCUCCAAAGUCAACAUGGCCCCGGCGGUUCAUUAGUGGUGAUCCAGCAGCCCUCCCUGGAGAGCCGGCAGAGGUUGGAGAUCGAGCAUGCGGCCAUUCUCUCCCUGGAACAAAUCAAGGCCAUCCGCUCCAGCAACGAGUACACGGAGGGGCCUUCGGUGGCGCGGAGGCCCCCUGCGCCCCGCAUGGCCCCCAGGCCCCAGGACAAGCAGGAGAGGACUCACGAGGUCAUCCUCGUCAACGUGAACAACAACUACGAGCACCGGACGCUGGGUCACCACCAUCCUGGGGGUGGCGUGGUGGUGGUGUCCGGCGGGCCUCGGGCGCCCGGGCUCAGCCGCUCCACCAGCACAGGAAGCGCCGCCAGUUCAGGGAGCAACAGCAGCGCCUCCUCCGAGCAAGGACUGUUGGCCCGCUCGCCCCCUACGAGGCCCGGCGUGAACUCGCAGCACCACCGAGCGGACCGGCCUGUUCGGACUCAACCUAAACCCAAGAACCUUCUGCAGCCCCACCAGGACCCCCACUCCCACCAGCCCCCACUCGAGGCUCCGCUGAAGCCCCAGGGCAAAGGGAAAUCGGACUUGUCGGACGGUGGGGCGGUGGCCGCCGCCCGGCACCAGUUCAUCUGCGAGCGCUGCGGGAAGUGCAAGUGCAGCGACUGCACGGCCCCCAGGAGCCUGCCCUCGUGCCUGGCGUGCAACGGCCAGUGCCUCUGCUCGGCGGAGAGCGCGCUGGAGCACGGCACGUGCAUGUGCCUGGUCAAGGGCAUCUUCUACCACUGCUCCAACGACGACGAGGGGGACUCGUGCGCUGACCACCCCUGCUCGCUGUCGCGCUCCCACUGCUGCUCUCGCUUCCUGUGCAUGGGAUUAAUGUCGGUACUCUUCCCCUGCCUGCUGUGCUACCCGCCCGUCAAGGGCUGCCUGAAGGCGUGCCAGGGCUGCUACGACCGGGUCAACAGGCCCGGCUGCCGCUGCAAGAACUCCAACACUGUGUACUGUAAACUGGAGAGCUGGGCCCAACAGACCCGGGAGAAACCCUCCUGAUCCCGUCCCGUGGUUUCGAGCGCACAGGAGACUUCAUGUGGAUCAUAUGACGAUGAUGAUGCUCACAGAUCUAUCAAACGGUCUUAAGCACCUCUCGCCCAACCGUCCUCCUGGCUGCAGAACAGUGCGGAGCUAAGCAAAGGAAAACCACUCGACCCCCCUCUGGAUCAGGACCGUGUUUUUACAGACCAGUGUUUGCCUUAAUCGUUUCUGCGCCUGUCCAGCUCCUCGUUAACACUAUUUUUAUACAAAUGUGGAAACAAACAACUUUUUCUUCCGUUUCGGGCAGUUUCUGCCUCGCACCAAAUCUGUGAAGGACGAUCUGAGGCGAUGAUGUAGCUGUUGGCGGGUUCUCCGCGCUCCCCCCCCCCCCCCGGUUUUUUCUCU